CUUUCCCCCCUCUCUGGGAUUUUUCAUGCGAUAGGCUGCUUUUUACACGUGAAUGACUUCUCGUGGAUGAGGUCCUGAAUUCUUGUAUGGAAUCCUGCUGCAUGAUCUCAGUUGCCUGAUGAGAGCAAUCGGCUUGCUGGUCUCCUGCUUACAUGCUCCGUCUUCUCUGCAGUGUUGGAAAGCAACACUCGUCACCUGGUGGUAGCAGCAGAGCCCCCCACUCCUGCUCAAUUUUUCUUUUCUUUUUUAAACUAUCGAAUCGGCUUGUGUGAUGGGAUUGCUGGAUAAUUCCAGGGAGACGGUUCAGUGAAGAGACGUGACCUGCAUCAUUAGACCAGGAGUUGACUUCCUGACAUACUAACCAUCUCAUAUAUUUUUUUCCCUUUUCCCCUCUUUUUUUUUUUUUUUUUUUUUUACAAAAACCAUGGAAGUGAACGCCACCUCUGGAGGUGCCAAGGACCACCCACUCAACUAUCACCAAAUGCCAGGAAAUAAGAAUGAAGAAGCAGCUCAGCAACACGGCAAUGAGGAGGAGGGAAAGAAAGAAGGGGACAAGAAAACCUGGGGCGAUAUGGCCAAGGGGAUGAAAACCUUCAUUUGGAAUCCUGAGACAAGGCAGUUCAUGGGCAGAACAGCUCACAGCUGGGGCCUGAUACUCUUAUUUUACCUCGUUUUGUACUUGUUCCUGGCUGGGAUGUUUGCAUUUUGCAUGUAUAUGAUGUUAAUGACUCUGAGCCCCUAUACACCGAAGCACAGGGACAGAGUUGCUCCACCAGGAGUUAUGAUUAGACCACACAUUAGCAGCUCAGUCAACAUUGGUUUCAAAUCCACUGACCCCAAAUCGUGGCAGGAAUAUGUGGAUGACCUGAAUGCAUUCUUACAAGAUUAUGAUGACAAAGUUCAGGAACGCAAGAACAUUAAAUGCAAUGCAGGCAAUUAUUUCAUCCAAGAUGGUGAAGAAAGUGCCCUGAGAAAAGCUUGCCAAUUCAAGCGAUCCGAAUUAAAUGCUUGUUCUGGGAUAGAUGAUCCAUCGUUUGGGUAUUCAACAGGACAACCUUGCAUCUUGCUGAAGAUGAAUAGAAUUGUAGGUUAUAAGCCUGGUUAUGGGACUCCAGUGACUGUGAGCUGCAAUGUACACAAAGGUGAUGCGGCGGAUAUCAAGACAGUGAAUUUCUACCCAUCUUCAACAUUUGAUCCCAUGUACUUCCCUUACUACGGCAAGCACACACAUGUAAAUUAUACACAACCAUUGGUGGGCAUUCAUUUUUCGGACGUGACAAAGAACAAAGAGAUAAAUGUUCAGUGCCAACUGAACGGCAAGGGCAUCAUCAACCACUUCAACAAUGACCGGUUUCUGGGGCGAGUAAUCUUCCUACUGAAAAUCACAACAUAGACCAGAGAAGCAUUUGCUAUCACUCUUCCAAUGGCAAGAAAAUCUUUCUCACCAUGGAGGAGGGGGCAAAAGAAGAAAUAAGCCAUUCACACACACUAGGAAAAUUCAAACCUGAUUUGGGGGGGUUAUUUGGCUUUCAUAGCAAACAAAAAGAAAUAGGGAUAACUCAAAUCUAAAUCUAGAUGACAUAUUUUAAAACAUCCAUCGUACGAGCAAAUGAACACAUGUCAUGUUAGAAAACUUUUAUUAAAACAUAAACACAAUGUAUUUAUAUUAGAUUUUUCACUGGCACAUCAACAAGUGUGGUAUUUGGUAUCAAGCAGGCAAUUUGGACUAUAAAAGGAACCAUUGCUAUUGUCACUCACCCCCACCCUCACUGGGCCCAGGCAGAUGCAAAUCAGCUGCUCAUCAAUUAACACAACACCCCAAGGUUAAUAUGUUGUAUGUGCACUUGAACUUGAGCAAGGGAGUCUGGAGAUUAUAUAAACCCCGGAAAUCUCCUCUCUGGAUAGUUGUGUGUGUGUGUUAGAUUAUUAAAAAGGAACCUGCUCCAAGACUUGCUGCUCAAAUGGAAUAUUCCAUGUCCACAUUUCCUCUGUUUGAGGCAGGCAGUUCGCAGACACACCAAUUUAGAAGUUAGAAAGCAUAAAUGUCAUGUUGAUGACUAUUGGCCUAUACUGAGACCUCCUGGCUCUGAUCUAGAACAAGGGAAAUACAGCAUGUUGGUUGCCUUUUGCUUUUCAAGUUCAGUUCUAAGUGGUGGCAAUGACCUCUAAACAGCCCUGGGCCCACCCUAGCCAAGAGACCAUUUCCACCCCUACAUUUGCCUAUAGAGAGAAUGCUUUUAGCUUACUGUCUAUGUGCACUGUAAACACAAAGUGUACAUAGAAAUAAAUUAUCUGGGUCUGCCCCUAGGCACUGGUGUUCCCGUCCUCUGACAGCUCAUUGUAGCCCAAGACAACAUGCUUUCUGUUAGUGCUGUAACCCUGAUUUUUUAAAAUCCAUUUUGGCUGUGAGCAGCAAGGGCCAGGGCCAGGUGUGGGGUUUAAUCAGUGUAACCGGGACUUUUGUUAUGAAUGUAUUUUCACUUGGACCCCACACUCUUUGGACAGGGUGGACUAUAAAUCAAAAUGAAUUAGUAAAAAUAUUCAUAAUGUGCACUGA